GAGUUCCACCCAGCCAGGUGUCAGGAUUCCUGGGUCUGCUCAGAGCCCAACACCUCUGUUCCACCCGCCCAGGCCAGCGAGGAUGGUGAGAGCAUAGGACACUGCCCUUCCUGUCAGCGGCUCUUCAUGGUCCUACUGCUCAAGGGUGUGCCCUUCACGCUCACCACGGUGGACACUCGAAGGGCAUUGGAUGUGCUGAAGGACUUCGCACCAGGCUCACAGCUGCCCAUCCUGCUGUGUGAUGGGGAUGUCAAGACAGACACACUGCAGAUCGAGGAGUUUCUGGAGGAGACGCUGAGGCCACCUGACUUCCCUAGCCUGGCACCCAGGUACAGGGAGUCCAACACAGCGGGCAACGACAUCUUCCACAAGUUCUCUGCCUUCAUCAAGAACCCAGUGCCUACACAGGACAAUGCCCUGUAUCAGCAGCUGCUCCGGGCCCUGACCAGGCUGGACAGCUACCUGCGUGCACCACUGGACCAUGAACUGGCACAGGAGCCACAUCUUCGUGAGUCCCAUCGCAGCUUUCUCGAUGGUGACCGGUUCACAUUGGCUGACUGCAGGCUGCUACCCAAGCUGCACAUUGUGGAUACCGUGUGCGCGCACUUCCGCCAGCUGCCCAUCCCCGCGGAACUGUCCUGCGUUCGCCGCUACUUGGACAGUGCAUUUCAGAAGAAAGAGUUCAAGUAUACGUGUCCACACAGCGCAGAGAUCCUGGCCGCCUACCGGCCUGCUGUGCACCCCCGUUAA